CGCGGCUCCCAGCUCCGACUCCUCUGCCACGACCCACGGACCUCCCUCCACACUCGGUCGCGCUCUCGUUCUCUCUGCCACCAUGGUGCUGUCCGCUGAAGACUGCAAGUUGCUCCAGAGCACCUGGGCCAAGCUGGCCCCCUUCACCGACGACAUCGGCGCGGACUCGCUGAACAGGUUGUUCCGGGUGUUCCCCAAGACCAAGGUCUACUUCUCGCACCUCGACCUGACCCCCGGCUCCAGCGACAUCCGCGCCCACGGCCACAAGGUGAUGAAGGCGCUGGAGAGCGCCCUCAAGCACCUGGACGACGUCCACGGCACCCUGGCCGAACUCGGCGACAAGCACGCCUACAACCUGCGCGUGGACCCCGUCAACUUCAAGCUGCUGGCCAAGUGCUUCCACGUGGUCCUGGCCACUCACCUGAAGGCCGAGUACACCGCCCCCGUGUACCGGGCCUGGGACAAGUUCUUCUUCUUGGUGGCUGACGUCCUGACCGAGCAUUACAGAUGAGCCCCCGCCGCCGCGGGCUGCUGGUGCGGGGCUCCCUCCGGCCCCCACCGCGGAGCAGCCGCCCCCUCCGGGCGCGCCCCGGUCCUGGCCUUCCUGUGCUGUGCCACUCGCCAAUAAAGUCUCUGAACUGCU